ACCACCGCCUCCAUGUUCUUCCCCUCCCGCCGGCGCGACACCGCCCGCUCCUCCCGCCGCUCUGAGCGACCUCCGCACCGCCCCAUCAGCACUUGCGAUGUCGCGGGUGUAGCCAGUGAGCGGCGCGGAGGGGCGGGCCUCCGCCGGCAGCCGGGCAGGCCGCGGUAGUGGCGGGUGCCUGAGCGGGGCCGGGAGCGGCGGCGGCGGCGGCGGCCGAGGGAGGGCGCGAGCUCCGUUUAAAGGGCCAGUGACUUCGCGCGAAAGUUGUGGGGAGUUCAGCGGCUGCCGGCCCGGCGGUGCCCAGGGGCUCGGCCGGGAGCCCCCCUCCUGGUGGCGGGGCCAGGGGGCCAGCAGCGGCAUGGAGCAGGCAGCGCCCAAGAGCAAACUGAAAAAGCUAAGUGAAGAUAGUUUAACUAAGCAGCCUGAAGAAGUCUUUGAUGUUCUGGAGAAACUUGGUGAAGGGUCUUAUGGUAGUGUGUUUAAAGCAAUACACAAAGAAUCUGGACAAGUUGUAGCAAUUAAACAGGUCCCUGUGGAGUCAGAUCUUCAAGAAAUAAUUAAAGAAAUCUCUAUAAUGCAGCAAUGUGACAGUCCCUAUGUUGUCAAGUACUAUGGCAGCUAUUUCAAGAACACAGAUCUAUGGAUUGUUAUGGAAUAUUGUGGAGCUGGCUCUGUUUCGGACAUCAUUAGACUUCGUAAUAAAACGCUAACAGAAGAUGAAAUUGCAACUAUUCUGAAAUCUACUCUCAAAGGACUUGAGUACUUGCACUUUAUGAGAAAAAUACAUAGAGAUAUAAAGGCUGGAAAUAUCCUUCUUAACACUGAGGGACAUGCAAAAUUAGCUGAUUUUGGUGUGGCUGGCCAGUUAACAGAUACAAUGGCAAAACGUAAUACUGUUAUAGGAACUCCAUUUUGGAUGGCUCCUGAAGUAAUACAAGAAAUUGGCUAUAACUGUGUGGCAGACAUUUGGUCCCUUGGUAUCACUUCAAUAGAAAUGGCUGAAGGAAAGCCUCCAUAUGCAGAUAUUCAUCCAAUGAGGGCUAUUUUUAUGAUUCCUACAAAUCCCCCUCCAACUUUCCGGAAGCCAGAGCUCUGGUCUGAUGAAUUCACAGAUUUUGUGAAGAAAUGUUUAGUGAAAAAUCCUGAACAAAGAGCUACAGCAACACAGCUGCUGCAGCAUACAUUUAUUAAGAAUGCCAAGCCAGUUUCAAUUUUAAGGGACCUGAUCACUGAAGCUAUGGAGAUAAAGGCAAAGCGACAUGAGGAGCAGCAGAGAGAACUAGAAGAGGAAGAAGAGAAUUCAGAUGAAGAUGAACUGGACUCUCACACCAUGGUGAAGACCAGUUCAGAGAGUGCUGGUACCAUGAGGGCCACAAGUACGAUGAGUGAAGGAGCUCAGACAAUGAUUGAACACAACAGCACCAUGUUAGAAUCUGACUUAGGGACCAUGGUAAUAAAUAGCGAUGAUGAUGAAGAGGAAGAUGGGACCAUGAAAAGAAAUGCUACUUCACCACAAGUUCAAAGACCAUCUUUCAUGGACUACUUUGAUAAACAAGAUUCCAAGAAUAAAAGCCCUGAAAACUGUAAUCAGAACAUGCAUGAACCUUACCACAUAUCCAAAAACGUUUUUCCUGAUAACUGGAAAGUCCCUCAAGAUGGAGAUUUUGAUUUCUUAAAGAAUCUGAGUUUAGAAGAAUUACAGAUGCGAUUAAAGGCUUUGGACCCUAUGAUGGAACGAGAAAUUGAAGAGCUUCGUCAGAGGUACACUGCAAAGAGGCAACCUAUCCUAGAUGCAAUGGAUGCAAAGAAACGGAGGCAACAAAAUUUCUGAGUUUGCUAUAUGUUCAGAGGUAAUACUAUGAGUCAGUGUGGACACUGGUAACUUCGUAAGUCUGAAGGAAUUUGAUUAUUAGAGUUUUCAAAACCCAAUCUUUUGUAUUUUCCUUCAAUGACAAUUGGAGUGGUGAAAGAGCAUACACGUGGUGUUCUGCAAAGGCAGAGAAACAUUAACACUUGUGUGUAUUUUCAAUCUUUAAUGGAAUAGAAGUUCAAUCUGUUACUUAAUCCUUUUCAGGUGUACAGUGGUAACUUGGUGUUGUACUUUGGGGUUUGUGUUUUGAAGCACCUGGAGCGAUUUCUUAAUUGUGCAACACUACAGAGCCUUAUGUUGCAAUGGAUUUUCCUCCCACUUGGUAGCAUAUUUAUUAUGUAAUCUUUGGUUAUCCUAUUUAUUUUAUGCCUGUUUUUUUUAUUAGGAAGUAUUAGGAUAAUAUUGUGGAGAGCAGAGCCAGAUCAGAUAAAAUUGGUAUUGUGGUGUAAUGAGAAGAAGCUUACCACUCUUUUAAAACUCCAGGUUCAGCAGGCUUCCCAAUUCAGGACAGCACUUGAACAUGUAUCCAGCCCAUUCAUAUCAGUAGGAUAUAAGCAAACAUAAGUAAUAGGCACAUGUUUUUCUGCUCUCCUGAAUCAGGGACUGUUCUGUAGUUGAGCAAUACAGUUGUUAUGCUACAGAGCAUUCUUUUAGAGAGUAUUUCUAUCAUUUUUGCGCACAUUAAAUGAUCCUUCAUUAGACAAGAAAACAAGUGCCUAAUCAGUUUUGAUUUUUCUCUUCUAUAGGAGAAUCAAUACUUACAGUCACUCCUUCAGUGUAAAUUUCCAAUUGCUAUUGCAAUUCUGACCAGUAUAAAACUAUUUUGCACCGUAGUUUUAUAAUGAAGUAACAGCUACACUUUCUAAAAAUGCUUUUUUUGACUCGUUUAAUUUUUUUAUCAUUGUUUUCAGGGGAGAGGGCAGUUAUUAGUGGUUUGUGUUUAGUUUGAUUUCAUAUUAUAGAUACGAAAGGAUAGUAAUUUAAAAGCCAAAGAAAAUGAACUGAAUACUUAUAUAUAAUAAGUACUGAAGAGAAACAAUGUUUUGCAUUCCUCUGAGAGUUUUGUCCUGCAAUCGCUAGACAUUCAAAAUUCCCGUAGUUGUCUGCUGAUAGAUGUUGGUGAAUCAGAGAUGCAGGACCAAGCUCUUAGUAUCUUUUUGCAAGUUCUUCUGUCUGGUUUAUAUUGUGGGAUAUCUGGUAGGUAGAAUUUACAACAUUGCAAAAAAUAUUUCAGACUUAGCAGAAAAUGUGAUCCACUUUCUGAACAAUCUACUGUGUUCUCUAUUGAUAACUUUACUCUUGUUGCCUUUUGUGUAAAUAACUUUACUGUGAUAGUCAUACUUCUUUAAAUAAUACAGCUGAAAAGAUCUUUACAUUCGAACCAUCAGCUGUUGAACUUUUAAUGGUGACUACUGUGUGGGCAUCCUCUGUUAAAUGUUUUCUGGAAGUUAGUAAUCAUCUCAUACCUCUUCACAUUUACCGUCAUCAUACGUGGACCAUGUAGAUGGAGCAGUGCAGAUUUUGGAAACGGUGCAUUAUGUCAUAAAACUUAUGCAAAAGGAAACCAGAAGUUUUUACAAGAUCAGCGUACUACAGCCAUGCUGGGACCAGUACAUGGGUUUAAGCUGCAUACAGCCAUUGUUGCCAUUGUCAUUCUGUGUGUGUUUGCGUGCAUGCCAUGCUCUGACAUGUAAACCCUACUGUCAAAUAAAUUUGAAUGGUGACCAUCCCUUAUGAAAAAGCAAGAACACAGGAGAUCCAUAAAAAUUACUUUGGGCAAGAUAAAUGCACCUGGUAGUCUUAGGCCUCACGUUUAUACAGUGAAAUGAUGGGAAAUAAAAAAUGGUGUAAUCAUAUCACAGUGUCAUUAAAUUAUAUUCAUAAUGCAGCAAAAAAUAACAGCACCCCCCAUUAGUAUGGUUGUUAUUUAUUUAAAGUGAAUUUCUAAUUCUUGAACUUUCUGUUCUCAAAAACUCAAAAGCUGUGUAUGCAUACAUGUAUUUGUGUAGGUAUAUACACAUAUAUGCAUAUCUAUAUAUAAAAGAAAAAGUAUAAAACAGAUUUAAACCAUCAGGAGAGGAACCUAGCUUGCCUUUUCUUGGUGUGCCUUUUAAACGAAGUGUCAUUGCCCAGACACUCUUGCUUGCAUCUUUAGCAGCUUUUCUUUUCCCUUACUCUCUUAAACUAUUCCCAUUAAAAAUUAGACUUUGAUUUUGAAUAAUGUGGCUUUACAGUGUAACAGACAAUGUAAUAAAAUGAUCACAAUUUGCAUAUUUUGUGUAUUCGUAGUGCAGUGCAUUAAGUAUGAAUUGCCUGUCCAGAGAGACUCCAGUAAAGGGCUGUUUUAGACUAGAGCUGGUGCAGUCUGACGUCUGAAAGAUAUCAGAAGAUAAACAACAUUCUUUCUUCACUCCUGAUCUGUCUGCAUAAAAACAACUCAAAUUUUGUGCACAUGCACAAACACAGGUGUGGAUUAUACAUGGAGGAGAAAAACCUGAGCGCCAUGGAAUGAAAUAGAAAUGUAAACAAGCUACACUAAAAUAGGUGAGAAGUAACUUCUGAUACACUGUAAUCUGGGAGAUAUUGGACAUUUGUGACCAAAGAAUACUUUCACCAAUUAAAAUGAAGUUAGUAAUGUUGCCCUUCUGAUACGGUGCACGCUGCAGUCAGUGUAAGAGUUCUUUGGCUUCAGAAGCCAGUGUAUGGGCUCUAAAUUAUGUGCAAGUGUAACUUAAAGAAAAAGGUUUUAUAUUGAGAGAUAGAUACGACUUAUUUUUUCUUUCUUCUGUUUAUGUAAAUGAAUCAAAUCACCCAUGUUGUUGACUUCCCAUCUCUACUGGAGGAGGAGCAUCUCUGUAAAGGAAAGCUGAUAGUACAAUAAAUACGACAUUUUAAAGGCGAGCCUUGCAGGAAAUUUGACAGAACUACUGACAAGUUAACCUUCAGUAAGAUUUUAACCAAGCAAUUUCUUGUUUGCUUCUGACUUUGUAUGUUUAGGUUUAGUAAGUAAACAGAUUUUGAAACAUCAUUACUUAUUACUAAACAUUUGUAAUAAAAGCUAAUUUUUCAUGUAUAA